ACUGCCUUCUCAGCCCUGUCCACACCCACCGGGAGGGAAAAGUGGGUUGGGGGUAGGAAGCAGGGAGCCUUGCUGAGGAAGAUCAGGUUCCCUGUUCUCCAACAACUUGUGUAAUUUUUUGAAACUUAGAAAAAUACCAGGGUAUUUGGUAGCCAAAAGGGUUACGACACAUGUAGCAAAUACAUGUUGUAGCUGUAUGUCAUGAGUGUACACUGGCUUCUCCUGUGCUCACACCAUCAGCACUGAACCCUCUACCUGAUUUGAAGGUUCUCCACGCUCUUCCCCCUCUCCUCACAUGCCUGGCCUUAUAUGUAUCCAUCCGAUCUCUUCCUACUCUCGCAAGUCCUCCAGGAGGAAAAUCUCUGAGCCUCUGUCUCUGGUACCCAUCACGCCCAAAGACCUUGGGUGAAUGCCUUCACCCUGCUCUCUUCCUGUCUACCUUGUCCUUCCAAGCCCACCGGCUCCAAUAGUCUUCUCUGAUGCCUUCAGCUGACUCGCAUCUUUCCAAAUUCCAUUUGCAUUUUCCAUCAGAAACACACAGGUUAGUUCUUCAAAAUUCUGAAUCUUAACACAUUCCCAACUUGACUUACAAGCUCUUUGAAGGCAGGAACUUGUCUGAUAUUUGGCCCCACCCCAAACGUCGGUGUUACUGACUUGGCUUCAGAAUUCUAGACGUUUUUACUCUUCUCUUUGUUCUUCCUUGAAAUCCCCUGGAAGUUUGAAGAGGACAUGAUAGAUAUCUGCUUUCAGAUUCUGAACAAGAGCCUGUACUUCUUAGAGAACCCAACCAAAGACUACUCCCAGUGGAACAAUGUGGUGUAUGUCUGCAGGGUGGUGAGCGCCAUGAUCAACAGCAAUGAUGACAGCCGUGUGCUGCAGGGGAGCUGGAGAGAGGACUACUCCCAGGGGGUCAGCCCACUGGAGCGGACGGGCAGCGUGGCCAUCCUGUGACAGUGGGCAGCCAGGGGCGGGCAGCCUGUGAGGUAUGGGCAGUGCUGGGUAUUUGCAGCUGUUAUGGGUACCAUGAUGAGGUGCCUGCGGAUCCCCACCCAAGUAAUCACCAACUUUGACUCUGGCCACGACACAGACGGAAACCUGAUCGUAGAUGAGUAUUAUGACAACACAGGCAGGACUUUGGAGAGUAAGAAGAAGGACAGUGUCUGGAAUUUCCACGUCUGGAAUGAGUGCUGGAUGGCCCGGAAUGACCUCCCUCCCGGAUACGGAGGCUGGCAGGUGCUGGACGCCACACCUCAGGAGAUGAGCAACAGCCUCUACUGCUACGGCCCUGCCUCCAUCAGAGCCAUCAAAGAAGGAGAGGUGGAUCUGAAAUAGGACACAGCCUUCGCCUUCUCCAUGGUAAAUGCUGACUGCAUGGCCUGGCUGGUCUUUGGAGGGAAGGAGCAGAAACUUCACCUGGACACCAAUUCUGUUGGCAAUUUUAUCAGCACCAAGAGGAUCCAGAGUGAUGAGCGGGAUGACGUCACGGAAAACUGCAAGUACGGAGAAGGUUCCCUCCAGGAGAGGCAGGUGAUUCUGAAGGCUCUUCAGAAGCUGAAGCCUGGAAGGUCCCAAGGCUCCCUCCAACAAACUUCCAGGUCCAUGCUGCCAAGGGACAGUCCUAGGAGCCUUGCUACGCCUUCCCUUCGGCCCAGUGAUGUUGUCCAGGUCUCCCUGAAAUUCCAGCUGCUCGACCCACCCGACAUGGGCCGGGACAUAAGGUUUGUCCUGCUGGCCCUCAACACGGCGCCCCAGUUCAAGGACCUCAAAGUGAACCUGAGUGCCCAGUCUCUGCUGCAUGAUGGCAGCCCCCUGCCCCCAUUCUGGCAGGACACAGCCUUCAUCACACUCUCUCCUGAAGAAGCAAAGACCUAUCCCUGCAAAAUCCCCUAUUCCCAGUAUGGCCAGUACCUGUCCACAGACAAGCUGAUCCGCAUCAGUGCCCUGGGUGAAGAGAAGAGCAGUCCCGAGAAGACCGUGGUGAACAAGAUCAUCGCCUUAGCCUGUCCCGGCAUCAUGAUUAAUGCUUUAGGAGCAGCCAUUGUGAACCGGCCACUCUUCAUACAGGUGAUAUUUUCAAACCCUCUCUCGGAGCCGGUUGAAGAUUGUGUACUGACUGUGGAAGGAAGUGGUCUCUUUAGGAGACGGCAGAGAGUGCUCAUUGGAGUCCUCGAACCCCAUCACAGAGCCAGCCUCACUCUGGAGACUGUCCCCUUCAAGAGUGGCCAAAGGCAGAUCCAAGCAAAUCUGAGCAGCAACAAGUUUAAAGACAUCAAGGGUUACAGGAACGUCUAUGUAGACUUUGGGUUAUAA